GAAAUGGCUACCGAGGGAGAAGUGAAACUGAAGUUAGAGUCUGAGAUCAGUGGCCCUGAGCAGCCUCCCGCGAAGCCAAGGAAACAUGACAGUGGUGCUGCUGACCUAGAGUGAGUUACUGACUAAGCGGAGGAGAAAGAGACCCAGAGUUCGAAUCUUGAGAUGGCUAUGUCCAUCAUUGGAGACAGACGGUCCAGGGAGCAAAAGGCCAAACAGGAGCAGGAGAAGGAACUGGCGAAGAUCACUAUCAAGAAGGUAGAUCUGGAGUUGAUAAUGACAGAAAUGGAGCUCUCUCGAGCAGCAGCAGAAAGGAGCUUGAGGGAACACAUGGACAAUGUGGUGGAGGGACUUCUUGCCCUAACCAACUGA